AUGCAUAGUGAGAUGCUGGCCUCCUGGGUGCCUAAGGCUUUGAUCAAGCACCUGGAGGAAAUGGGUAGGUUGGACAGGUCGGAGUCCAUUCUCGAUUUUUCUGCAAAAUGGGACUUUGCCCUCCGAGGCCCGGAUGCCUUCGAUGCCGAUGGCUGCGAAAAUGAUGCCGAGCAGAGGAAGUACUUUGAGUGCCUCUCGAUCUCAGAUGAUCGCGGUGCCAUGCUUGGCCUGAUGAACCUCCUGAACGAGUCCACCGAAAUCAGCCAAGAGGUUUGGACACAGGCAACACUGUGCUUGCCCCAUCUUCAAAAUGUUGUGCGUGCAAUGGAGAAGCCUCGGCGUCAGAAGUGGGUGUCCCUGCUGGUCAGAAUCCUGAUCAGUGGGCAAUCACUUCCAAAGAUGCUGAUCACUGACCUGAAGCUCCUGAAGUCUGCCAGGAAAGACAUCCAGCAAGGAGCGCAGGUGGGCAGACCCGUGCUAGGAUUUAGGAGUGCCGCGCAAGCGCAGCACGCGGACUUUAUCUUCGCUGCGCGGGCCCUGGCGUUCGCUUAUUGCCAUAUUUUCUCCACAUCUAGGAGGAGGGGCUGGGGUGGAUCGAGGGAAGAGGUCAUGCCCACACCAACGCGCGUUGGAGUCGUCUCCGAAGCCCGGGCGCGCCUUCACAAUUUGUUGCUGUUGGAAGCAGUCAACAAACAUGGACAAGUGAACGGCCAGGACUUCUAUGAAAGUGCUACACCGGCCUUUGCCCUGGUGUUGGCUUUCAGGUCACAGGCGGCUGUUUGCGAAAGCUAG